AUGGCGAUGAAACGCAACCGCGUCCGUCUCACGGACGACGAACGACGGAAGUUCGACGACGUCGGGCUCGACGACAUCAACGCGAUGACCGACCCCGCGACGCUGCACAAGCUCAUGCAGUACAUGGAAGAGGAAGGGUUCCCGCAGACCGCGAGCGUGGUGAAGAACCGCCUGAUCGCCCUGGGCGCGAAGAAGCCGGACGCGGUCGUCGAUUCGGAGACGGAAGCGGACGCGGCAUCGUUCGCGGAAGAUCUCGUUCGAUGGACGAACGACCUGAAGGCUGCGGACGUCGCGGACGCGGCGGAGCCGACGUUCGUGCGCGCGCGCGACCGCGACGGCGACGGCGUCGCGCCGAUCCGCUGCAUCCCGACGACGACCGUCAACCCCACGGGCGCGGACGAGGCGGCGAAGAAGAGGGCGAAGGACGACGCCGAGAAAUCGGACGAUGGAGAAGGACGUCCGGUUCCCGAGGAGCUCUCCGAAGCGGAGUCGAUGCUGUUCGGCGCGUCCGGUCUGACCCCGGAUGACUCCGAGGACAUGUCCGUCGCGAACACCGCCGUGGACGUGAAGAGGACGCUGAGAGCGAUGGAGGGCGCGACGGCGCGCGAACGGCGUUGGGUCGCGACGCGCGAAAAGGAAAAAGGCAACGAGCUGUUUAAAGCGCGCGAGUACCGCUCCGCGAUCGAGGCGUACGGGCUCUCCCUCGCGCUCGACCCGUCCUCCGCGGCGACGCGAUGCAACCGCGCGGCGGCGUACAUGAAACUGAAGCGAUGGCACGAC